UCUUCCUCAUUUCCUGGAACUUUUGUUCUCCAUUUCUCUGUUUUAGUUUGAUUACUUUUUGUUGCUUCAUUCAACCAAAAAAACCAUUCCCUGUAGAUUUAUCUAUUUUACUUGAAUCCAUGCUGCUUCACCUAUUGUUUCUGGCUACUUAAUUAUGUGAUUUAAUAAAAAAAACAGCUUAGCAGAGGCAGAGCCAUUGCCUAGAGUUUUAAAGAUCCGAGUUGCAAAAUUUUCUCCAACAACAAGUAAUGACAAUGAGCAACAGUGGCAUUUCAGAGAAGAAACCUUUCAGGAUCUUUGUUGGUUAUGAUUCACGAGAAGAUCUUGCUUACCAAGUCUGCCAUCAUUCAAUCACCAAGAGAUCUUCAAUCCCUGUUGACAUCAUACCAAUUGUUCAGUCAGAUCUUAGAAAGAAAGGUCUGUACUGGAGAGAAACAGGUCAGUUAGAGAGCACUGAGUUCUCUUUCUCUCGUUUCUUGACUCCUCAUUUGUCGGAUUACCAAGGUUGGGCUAUGUUCAUCGAUUGCGAUUUCCUCUACCUUUCUGAUAUCAAGGAACUUACUGAUUUGAUCGAUGAUAAAUAUGCCAUCAUGUGUGUUCAACAUGAUUACACUCCUAAGGAGACCAGUAAGAUGGAUGGCGCGGUUCAAACUGUGUACCCGAGGAAGAACUGGUCUUCUAUGGUGCUUUACAAUUGUGGACAUCCUAAGAACAAGACCUUGACCCCUGAGAUUGUUAAUACUCAGACCGGUGCGUUUCUCCAUAGGUUCCAGUGGCUUGAGGAUGAAGAUAUUGGGUCUAUUCCUUUUGUGUGGAACUUCCUUGAAGGGCACAAUAGGGUUGUCGAGAACGAUCCAACCACGCAGCCUAAGGCGGUGCAUUACACUCGGGGAGGGCCUUGGUUCGAUGCUUGCAAGGAUUGCGAGUUUGCGGAUCUCUGGCUUAAUGAAUUGGAAGAGUACAGCAAAGAGAACAAGAAAGAAGCCGAUGACUCAAAUUAGAAAGAAUGAAGUAAGAAGAAGAAUAGGUAUGUUACUAUAUAUAUGUUGUUACUUGCAAACGAAUUAAUAGCGUUUCCCUAAAUAUUUCGGUGCAUGGGUUAUAUAUAUUGUUUUGGCUUUGUAUCAUUAGUCUUGUGGAGGGAUAUGCAAUUUUAUCUCAUUAAAUUCGUCAAACCAUUCUCAAAAAUAAUACCAAUAUUAAGGUCAUCAUGGUUCAUAAAUCAUAAUAAUCUUUUCGUUUGUUUGCUGUUGUACAUUUACUGGUAUUUUAUUUGUAAUUUCUCUCAUAUGAAUAAAUUAAGCAACUUAUUUGAUA